AGCUGAUCCCGGGCCUGGCAGAAUAGUAUAGUUUUUGCAUGUGCAUCUCGAUGCUUGUGAAUAUAAUAGUUUUUGUAGUGUUAAAAGUGUGAUACUUUUUAGUGGGGACCAUCAUCAAACUUAAAAAAUGUUGAACUGCGCUGAACUAUCAUUUUGCAGCUCAACGUUCGUGGAUAUUGAACGCCAGCCUGACCGUGCUUCGGAUAUCGUCGUGUGUAGUAGUCAAGCGAAGUCGGAUCAAAACUUUACAACGAAGCAAACCAUUGGCAACGGAUUCGGACCGCGGCCAAUCUCCAACGAUAGCUUGACCCAGCAGGACGUGUCUCCAACUGUUCGUCAACGGUUCAAACAGUUUGUGCAAAGUGUUAGCGAUAGUGAUCCAACCGUUAGUUCGACUAGCAUGAUCGGUACGGCGAAGAUUCUUUCCGGCACGGACGUGUCCAAAGAGAUCCGUGAUCGGUUGAAGAAAGAUGUGAGUGAAGUAAGAACCAAGAUUCCCACGUUUGUUCCCGGGCUGGCCAUUGUGCAGGUCGGUGAUCGGGAGGACUCCAACGUGUACAUCCGGAUGAAGAUCAAAGCCGCGGAGGAAAUCGGAAUCAACGUGGAACAUGUGCAGUUGCCGAGAACGACUACGCAGGAUGAACUGUUGGCAGUGCUCAAACGACUCAACGAAGAUCCCAGCUUCCACGGAAUCAUUGUCCAGAUGCCACUCGAGUCGGACCAUCCGAUCGACUCGCACCUCAUUACCGAUGCCGUUUCGCCCGAGAAAGAUGUCGACGGUCUCAACACCGUUAAUGAGGGUCGCGUCACCGUUGGCGACAUGGGCGGUUUUGUGCCCUGUACCCCAAACGGUUGCAUGGAACUGAUCAAAAGAUCUGGAGUUCCCAUCGCCGGUUCGAUUGCGGUCAUCAUUGGUCGGAGCAAGAUUGUCGGAACACCGAUGGCCGAACUGCUCAAGUGGCACGAUGCAACCGUUACGAUUUGUCACUCAAAGACGAAGAAUUUAAACAUGAUGAUUAAGAAAGCUGAUAUCCUAGUGGUGGCCGUCGGCAAGCCGGAAAUGGUGCGUGGAGCUUGGAUCAAGCCAAGUGCAGUCGUUAUUGAUUGUGGCAUGAAUGCGAUUCCAGAUCCGACCAAAAAGAGCGGCCAGCGGUUGGUGGGGGAUGUCAAGUAUGACGAGGCACUGGUGGUGGCAUCGCAUGUCACCCCGGUCCCAGGCGGGGUCGGACCGAUGACCGUGGCGAUGCUGAUGCAAAACACCGUUCAGUCUGCGCUCAGAGUUGCCAAGAGAUUGAUCGACAUGGAGUUCCGCUGGCCGAUCAAACCACUGCCGUUAAAACCGCAACAGCAGGUUCCCAGUGACAUCGAAAUUGCGCGUUCACAAACGCCCAAAAACAUCUCCGUACUGGCUUCCGAAAUCGGGUUAAUCCCAUCGGAAGUCUCACUCUACGGUGACAAGAAAGCCAAAAUUUCCCUCAAAGUCCUAGAUCGCUUGAAGAACGAAGCAGAUGGCAAAUACGUGGUUGUUGCUGGAAUAACGCCCACUCCGCUAGGCGAAGGCAAGAGCACCACUCUGGUCGGGUUGGUGCAGGCAUUGACGGCUCACAAGCAAUGUAAUGCGAUUGCAUGUCUACGGCAACCGUCGCAGGGUCCCACGUUUGGUAUCAAGGGUGGUGCCGCCGGCGGUGGAUACUCACAGGUUAUUCCGAUGGAAGACUUCAAUUUGCAUCUGACGGGGGAUAUCCACGCCGUAACGGCUGCCAAUAACCUGCUGGCGGCUCAGCUAGACGCUAGGAUUUUUCACGAGGCUACACAAACAGAUCAGGCUCUGUACGAGCGGUUGGUGCCGGCUAUCAAGGGGUCACGAAAGUUCUCAACUAUUCAGUUGAGACGCUUGAAGCGGUUGGGAAUCGAGAAAACCGAUCCAUACACCCUGACUCCGGAGGAAAUUCGGCGGUUCUCGCGGUUGAAUAUCGAUCCACAUAAUGUAGUGUGGACUAGAGUUCUGGACGUGAACGAUCGCUAUCUACGCAAAAUCACGAUCGGAUUGUCUCCGACGGAGAAGAAUAUGACACGCGACACCAGUUUUUCGAUUUCGGUCUCCAGUGAAAUCAUGGCGAUUCUCGCAUUGGCAACCAAUCUGGAGGACAUGAAGCAACGUCUGGCCAAGAUGGUGGUCGCUUUCGAUCGAACUGGUGCUCCCGUUACGGCGGACGAUUUGGGUGUCACGGGUGCGAUGAUGGUUCUACUGAAGGACUCCAUUGAACCGACAUUGAUGCAAACACUGGAAGGAACUCCAGUCAUGGUGCACGCUGGUCCGUUCGCCAACAUUGCGCACGGUUGUUCGUCGAUCAUUGCCGAUGAUAUUGGGUUGAAGUUGGUCGGAAAACCCGGUUACGUGAUAACAGAGGCUGGUUUUGGAUCCGACAUAGGAAUGGAAAAGUUCUUUAACAUUAAAUGCCGUGCGUCGGGCAAGAUCCCAAAUGCGGUCGUUCUCGUGAUGACGGUUCGUGCGUUGAAGAUGCAUGGUGGUGGUCCGCCCGUUAUUGGCGGUGCACCGUUGCGCCGAGAGUAUACCAUGGAAAAUCUGGAACUGGUCGAAAAAGGUUUGCCAAAUUUACUUAAGCACAUAGACAACGGAUUGAAGUACGGAGUUCCGGUUGUUGUGGCCAUCAACGCCCAUUCUACUGAUACUAAAGCGGAGCACGAUCUGAUCAAGAAAAGUUGUAAACAAGCUGGAGCUUUUGCGGCCGUUGUUUCCGAUCACUGGGCAAAAGGAGGAGCGGGAGCUACCGAAUUGGCGCAAGCAGUGAUUGAAGCUUGCAAGCAAAAAUCCAAUUUCAAACUGCUAUACGAGCUGGAUCUGACAGUCGAGGAAAAGAUGCUAAAGAUUGCCAAAGAAAUGUACGGUGCUGGAACGAUUGAACUUUCCCCCCGGGUUAAGGACGCCAUCAGAUUGUAUACUGACAAGGGUUUCGGAAAUUUACCGAUUUGUAUGGCCAAAACUGCCAUGUCACUAACUGGGGAUGCGAGCGCUAAGAACGCGCCGAAGGACUUCAAACUGGUUAUCAACGAUAUCUGCCUGUCGGCCGGGGCUGGAUUUAUUGUACCGAUGUGCGGAGAGAUCACCAAGAUGCCUGGACUGCCUACCAGACCGUCGAUCUUUGACAUUGACCUUAAUACCGAAACGGGCGAGAUUGAGGGUCUUUUCUAGGCAAAACAAUUCAAAACGCAACUUUUAUCGGUUACGUAAUGCUGGCAAAUGUCAUCAGUUACAGCUAAUUACGAAACUGGGCGGGGCUAUUAAUUUCUAUCUCAUUUUUCUGAUGAUUUUUUAUGUAACAAACACACCGAGCUACCAUAGAAAAGCUUUACUAGGAAAUAUUCUAGGCGUUUUUAAUGUUGUCCAAUAAAACAUUGCUUUAUUUAUAUAUUUAA